AUCUAUAAAUAGUAACUGGAAUACUCAUUCGUACAACAUGGGUCGGGUAUAUAAUGGGGGAAGGUUGUUGAUGUUGUGCUAUCAAGCUGAAUUCGACAUAAAGAUAUAGAAAUCAUCAUGGACAAGUUUGGAAACUUCUUGAAAUCCGCUGAGGAUGUUGCCAAUGCUCUUGGAACCUCAGGAUCAGGACAGAUUGAUCGUGGCGAUGGAAAGAUUGUCACCUGGACCUUUAAAGGCCAGUUGAUGGGAUUCGAGUGGAAGUACAUAGGGGUGUGUGUGGAUAAAUCCACGGGAGAGACAACCACUGCCAUUAAACAGAGCAAAGGCGGAGCGAUCGAGCAUUCCAUGAGGGAUUUGUUCCAGAGACUGGCCGCCAGGAAAGCGUUAUAAGACUCUGAUGACUUUAUUUACAUGUUGUCUUUGAUAUACCGGUACUAUAAAUGAUAUUAAAUAUCUUGGGUUGUGUAGUAUGUUGAAUGCUUCUUUGUGUGUAUUUGGCCCUGCAUAGAUUUUAAUUUUUCUCUUAAUUCUAUAUGUAUAUCAUGAUUCUCAUACUAUUUCUUAUUAACAUUAUGUAUGCAUUUCUUUUUUUUUUUUUUAUUAUUUCGUCUCGGUGUAAUAUGUAUUCUGAAUAUUGUACAUCAUUCAUUUGAAUAAAAUACAUGAAGUUAACAAA